GUUCAAGCUCACCGAAGCCCGUGUGCGUCAUAUUUGCCAUCCAGACGUUUAUUUUUCCCGAUAUAAUCGAGAAAUUGUCGAACGUGCGGUUGCCUGAUCGCAGGCACGAGACCAGUUUGACCUAGUCCAAUUCAUGGAAAAUUGAGGUUUUCGAAGAGCGUCAAUUGCAUGCAAGCAUCCAACGAUAUAACUAAGGAUGCCACAAGCUGCAAGGUGGGUGGGUUCGCCCUCAAUUAAGGGACGAACAGAGGCAAUGCGGAUGGCACUCUUGACGUUUAGUCUGUUAGGAUUACAAUUUACUUGGGGCAUUGAAAUGACCUACUGCACUCCGUAUCUUCUCCAGCUCGGUCUCACUAAAUCCCGAACGUCGCUCGUCUGGAUCGCUGGUCCUUUGUCCGGGUUAAUUAUCCAGCCUCUCAUCGGCGUUAUUGCAGAUCGGUCACGAUCGAAAUGGGGAAGGCGAAGGCCAUUCAUGAUUAUAGGCUCAUUGAUUGUCGCGAUGUGUUUGCUAGUAUUAGGAUGGACCGCAGAGAUUGUCGGCCUUUUUGUCAAGGAUGCAGAGAAGGCCAACAGAGUUACCAUUGCGCUAGCGGUCCUUAGCAUUUAUGCCGUGGAUUUUGCCAUCAAUAUCGUACAAGCGUGUUGCCGGAGCUUGAUAGUUGAUACGUUGCCUAUUCCAUCACAGCAGGCUGGGUCAGCAUGGGCCACUAGAAUGUCGGCCAUUGGCCAGCUCAUUAGUUAUGUCAUCGGAUCAAUCGAUACAGUUAGCAUUUUUGGCACCACCAUUGGCGAUACUCAAUUUAAGCAAAUGACAGUUAUCGCUGCGCUAUCCUUACUCAUCGCUGUUCUGGUUACUUGUUAUGCGGUGAAGGAGAGAGUGUUGAUUACUGCUAGAGACUCCGAAGGGAAGGCCGGGGCUUUCCAGGUCAUGUCUCAACUAUUCCAAACUACAAUGGACUUGCCUCCUCGCAUCCAAGCCAUCUGCUGGGCUCAGUUUUGGGCAUGGAUUGGCUGGUUUCCGUUUCUUUUCUAUAGUACCACCUGGGUUGGUGAGACAUAUUUCCGUUAUGAGGUUCCAAAGGAUGCGACGCACCCGACCGACAUGCUUGGAGAGGUUGGCCGAGUUGGCAGUUUGUCACUGGUCGUCUUUUCGUCCAUAACAUUCUUCAGCUCUGUUCUGUUGCCAUUCUGCGUACAGCCUCCAGAUAACGUGAGGCCUAGAUUCACCCCACGGCCUCCUCCAGGGGUUGCCGCCUUGCUUAAGAAGAUCACUUUGAUACGCCCGGACUUGCAGACGACCUGGUUGAUUUCACAUUUGAUGUUUGCAGCCACUAUGAUCUUCGCACCUUUGGCCCGGUCCCGGGCCUUUGCAACUUUCCUAGUGGCCUUGUGUGGAAUUCCAUGGGCUGUCAGCAGCUGGGCCCCUUUCGCCUUCAUGGGCGUGGAGAUAAAUAAGCUAGCACUAGGCCCAACUCAAGCAUCGCGUCUGUCUGGUGUCACUAUGAUUACAUCUUCCAGUAUCCGUUCUGGGGCCUACGGCGAUAGAAACGGAGAUACGGAGAUGGACGUGCUGCGUCUCAACCACAACGACACGGACAGCGAUAGUGACACAGAGGGUGGCACCUCCGAUUUACCAUCAACAGGUGAAUUGGCUGGCAUUUACCUAGGCGUGCUGAAUGUGUAUACGACACUGCCACAAUUUGUCGGCACAUUUAUUAGCUGGAUAGUCUUCAGCGUUAUUGAGCCAGGUAGCACAAAGCGAGAUGCCACAGAGACGCAAUGGAUAAACCUCGAUAAGGGUUCGCCCAAUGCCAUCUCGAUCUGUCUGUUUAUUGGCGCACUAAGUACGCUUGUGGCCAUUGAAGCGACCCGACGAUUACGCCACAUUCGAUAGUGAUCGUGACUUUCUCUUCUACAGUAUAUCUAUUCUACCACGAUAAAAAGGGAGUCCACUUUAGACUCUCUGAUAUUAUACUAUCCGAUACCCAUGUUCAUUCAGCGAUGUAUUAUUUGUGAGUAUAUGGGAUAUGUCUGAAGUGGCAUCUUUCAGCCACAGGCCAACCGAGCCUGCGCUGAUGAUUGAUUGGCCUUCGCAUAUCUGAGGGAUUUGUUCGCCACAUACAUAUUGGCAUAUAACGGUAUAUAUUAUUGAGAUAAUGAUAAUUAUAAUGUACUAUACGACAAGUUCCACAGACAUAGGGGUAUUUCAUGAAUAUAAU